UACACGUCUGGAAAAAAUCAAUGUUUUUUUCAGCAUUGAAUACAAGCUGAUUAAUUGUUUUGGUGAAUGUGUUUUUAAAUUAAUUCAGUCGCCUUAAUUUUCUAACACCCUUAGUGUGAUAUAUUUCCUAUUUCUUACCAACUGCCUAACCUCUAGGAUUGUAAAUACAAGUAUUUUUACACUUUCAGUUUGUAUUAAAGGUCACUUUCUUUAUAUACAGAAACCAAUUGGAUUUAUCGGCAUCAUUCUUUUUUUUCUCUGUUUAGUGUAUGUAUCUGUGUAUGUUUAAUCAACUCAUUUAUCACUACCAACUCUAUCAUCAUCAUCUGUAUCAUCGAUUUCUACAUCGUUCAUCUGUCUUAUUUCAACCAUGAGUUCCAUUCUAGAUGCUUUCAAUUCCCUACAAACGGAGUUCAAUAGAGUCAGUAAAGAUUUAAAAUCGGUUGAAGACAAUCUCAAAAAAUUGACUGGCGGUCAAUCAAGUAAUCUAAAGAGGAAUUUAAAAAGGAAUGCUCCAGAUAAUGAAGCAGUUUUUUUGGAGGGCAAUGUCGAGGAGCCACCGAAGCGAAAUAAAUUUAUUGGUAAAGCUUUUAGCAGAGUCCAUGGACCCAGUUGGCAACCUAGAGAACCAUUAGGAGAUAAUGAUGACAAAGAAGACCAACACCAUAGACCUGUUCUGCUAUCCCAAGUUGUUCCAGCUGUCAGAGAAGUAAAAUCUAGAAAUGAAGCACUCGAGGAACAACCACCAGAUGAAAAGAGUAAAGCAAGAAAUCGUAGAAUGUUUGGUAUAAUUUUAGGUACCCUUCAAAAAUUCCAGUCGGAAGAGUCUCAAAGGAAGCAAACGACUAAAAGGAGGGCGGAAAUUGAAGAAAAACUCGAGAAAAUGGCUGAGAAAGAAAGAGAUGUUAUCAGGAAGGAGAAAAAAGAGCUUUACAAAAAAAGAAGGGAAAGUCAAGCUCACUUAAGACGAAUUGAACUUAAAAUGGAAAGAGUUCAAGUUCAUCAAGAAUGGGAAAAGUCGCAUAAAACUUUGGUCAAUUUCAUCCAAACAAAGACGAAACCACACUUAUUUUAUCUACCUAAAGAACAUACUACCGAGAGCGAAAAAAGGUGGAAACAGACCAAAGAUAAAUAUAGACUAAUCCUUGCCGAAAAACGUGCCAAAGUUCAAAAAGAGCUUUCAGAAAUAGAUGAAAUGUACAAAAAAGAAACCGAAAUGGAUGAUGACGAUGACGAUGAAACUAAUAAAUCAGUGGAAAUGGACUCACAAGAAAAUACAAAUAAUGAUGCAAUUGAAUUAAUGGAGGAUUCGAUAGAUCAAGAUAAAGUUUGUAAUUCUAAAGUCAAUGAUAGUAUAGAAAACAAUCAAAAGAGUAACGUAAAUGAAACUAAUAAUUCUAAUGAUAAAAGUGAUCAUGAAGUUGAUAAUAGUCAAAAUGAUGAUAGUAACAAUCAUGUCACUAAUGAUAAUAACAAUAGUGACAAAAUUGACAGUAUUAAUCAUCACAACGAUAAUGCAAAAACUGUUAUCGAGGGCUUGAUGGAAACUCAGCUAGGUGAUGCAGAUAAAUCUUCACCGGAACAACUUACCGAAAAAGAGUUCGAGCCCAUUUAUGAUGAUGAUGAAUAGAAUGGAAUAAUAUUUAUCUAUCAUCUUUUUUAUUACAGGUACAUGUCAACUCAUCAGUUCACGUUAAAUUAACAUUUCUUCAUCCACCAAUAAAUUACAGACAACAAAAAUGUGUUCAAUCUCAAUGAUUCACACAAGUUUUGUAUGAAGCACAUUUAAAGCUUCCAAUAAUUUUAUUGACAGAUUCCUGUCAAUCCACUUAAAUUAAAUUUUGUUCAAUCGAACAAUACUGGAAAAUACAAA